CUAUGACGCCGACCAUCCAUGUAAACGGAAGUAAACGACCAAGAACAAUUUCCACGUUCACGGUUUUAUUUAGACGUUUAUUAACACCAUGGAACUCAAAAUAUGACUAAUUUAACUGCACAGCAUCACAUACUUACCCCACGUAGUAUUUAAUUCGCGUUGGAGAGGACUUGGUUGAUAUAUGUUUUCUAGGUAAUGCUAGUUAGCUAACAAUGGCUAACUGUAUGGUUUUUCACACUCAAAUUGCCUCCAUCAUGGAGGUGCUAGCGAACGCCGCCGUGGCAGAGAUCUGUAAACUCGUAGACGACGACUAUGCAGUGUUUCGUUUGGAAAUUUCUCAAGGCCAAAAAGAAAACAGGGGAUUGCGAAGGAAACUACAACUACUGGAACUGAAGGUGGCACGAGAGCGCGUCCUCGCCAGUCGUCCCAGUAGUGUCAAGAUCCUCGACCGUUACAGAGGAUUGGCAAGAGGUGAAGGACAUCUCACUCGAGGCCACAAGAGCUUUGUGAAGCCAGCAGGACACACUACGUGGAGUGAUGACCAACCAAUCACUGUUGAUGAGGGGAGUGGAACCUCAACCCAGCACGUUAUCGUGAUAGAGUCUGCAGAUGCAGAGUCUGCAGGUCCUGGGGUUAAGCAGGAGAGGUCUGAUGGAAAGGAUGACCUACGGCACAGCAGAGACAUCCAGACCGGAGUGCCCCCUGUAAUCACGGAGGUCCCCACCACUGCCCCAGCGCAGCCCAGAACCCAGCGCAGUAUCACGGAGGAGGAGGGUCCAGAGGUGCUGCUGGGGAAGGAGGAGGGGUGUGAGGAGGGUCUGGGGAACCCUGAGGGGACCAUGGUCAUGGAGGAAAACCAGACUACACCUCCUGAACCCACAGAGGAACCAGCUGAGCAGCACAAGACCACACACAGUCUCACUGAGUCAGUAGACAUGGAGGAUGGGAAGCCUGAUCUGCUGCUAGUCAAAGAGGAGACUAUAGAAGAUGGACCAGAGAACAUUGAUCUGCUGAGUAGACUAAAGAUGGGGGAGCAAGGUGGAUGGCUGGAGACUAACAGAGGAGACUGGGCGGCCAUCUUGGAUUCCCAGAGCGGUGCAGCCAAGGGCCCAGCGAACAACAUCACCGAGCAGGCCUGGACCAGAGGUGACAUAGUGGAGGUCAGGGGAUGGGACAGCAUCCUCAACUCUGGGCUGGGGAACAACGCUGUUAACCACAACCAGAAACAGAUAGUCGAACACACAACGACAUCCGAACUUAGUCUCCAUGACAACAGACUGGCUGAGACCAGAGCGAGGCAUAGAUUUGGUCUGCGGGGACAGGAAAGUGAACAUAUGCGGCGGGAGAGUACAGACUUCGCUUAUGAUGCUCCGUCCUGCUCCUAUAAUUGUGAUUCAGAAAGACUGAUGGCGCCUCAGGUUAACCCUCUAACAGGUGCUGCCUUCAGCCUGUCUUCUAUAGGAUCUGUCAACUGUAACAUGGACCCUGCGAUAACACAAACACUCCCUGGCCUUCGUCCUCCUCACAGUCUCCUAAUGUUAAACCAGACCUCAGACAAUGCCAGUGCCUCAACACUAAAUGGCUACACAAGCCCAUUGACAAAUGACAGUAGUGAAGACGGAAUCAGUAAAGGUGGCAGCGCCAAAGAGAAGCGCUUCCUGUGUUCAUUCUGUGGGAAAGCCUUCAGUUUUCCCCAACAGGUGGAGAUCCACCAGAGGGUUCACACGGGGGAGAAACAAUUUGGCUGCCACCUGUGUCGGGCGAGUUUCUCUCACUCCUUCAGCCUGAAGAGGCACCUGAGAGUCCACACAGGGGUGAAACCCUUCAGCUGUACCCAGUGUCACAUGCGCUUCGCCCAGGCUGGUCACCUGAAGAGGCACCAGAGGGUCCACACAGGGGAGAAACCCUACAGCUGCACGCAGUGUGAGAAGAGGUUCUCCCGCCAGGACCAGCUGAAGAUGCACCUGAAGGUCCACACGGGAGAGAGGCCAUUCGCCAGUACGCACUGCGGGAAGAGGUUAUCAGAGAGGAGCUACCUCAGGAUGCACCAGCAGAAAAAACAUUCCACUCUUUAACAUAAAAAGUAACCAUUCCCAUUGCUUCUGACAUUUAGAUCAAACCCGGCAUUAAAGACAACUAUACAUUUUCAUCGUUGUCAGCUGAAAAUACCCACAGGUGCACAGAUGACCAAUAGAUUUCAGUCUUGAAUAUUCCUGGAUAUAAUAUUUCAUCCAAACAUAUAAGGCAUAUCUACACUACCUUUCAAAAGUUUGGGGUCACUUAGAAAUGUCCUUGUUUUUGAUAGAAAAGCAAAAAAAAGAUUGUCCAUUAAAAUAACAUCAUAUUGGUCAGAAAUACAGUGUAGACAUUGUUAAUGUUGUAAAUGACUAUUGUAGAUAGAAACGGCAGAUUUCUUUUUAAUGGAAUAUCUACAUAGGCGUACAGAGGCCCAUUAUCAGAAACCAUCUCUCAGCAGUCUCAACGUCAACAGUGAAGAGGCGACUACGGGAUGCUGGCCUUGUAGGCAGAGUUGCAAAUAAAAAGCCAUUAAGAUGGGCAAAAGAACACAGACAUUGGACAGAGGAACUUUGCAUAGAAGGCCAGCAUCCCGGAGUCGCCUCUUCACUGAUGACCCUGAGACUGGUGUUUUGUGGGUUCUAUUUAAUGAAGCUGCCAGUUGAGGACUUGUGAGGCUUCUGUUUCUCAAACUAGACAUUAAUGUACAUGUCCUCUUGCUCAGUUGUGGACCGGGGCCUCCACUACUCUUUCUAUUCUGGUUAGAACCAGUUUGCGCUGUUCUGUGAAGGGAGUAGUACACAGCUUUUGUCAAUUUCUCGCAUUUCUUAUUUCUCAGUGCAAGAAUAGAUUGACGAGUUUCAGAAGAAAGUUCUUUGUUUCUGGCCGUUUUGAGCCUGUAAUCGAACCCAGAAAUGCUGAUGCUCCAGAUACUCAGCGAGUCUAAAGAAGGCCAGUUUUAUUGCUUCUUUAAUCAAAACAACAGUUUUCAGCUGUGCUAACAUAAUUGCAAAAGGGUUUUCUAAUGAUAAAUUAGGAUAAACUUGGAAAAGGAUAAACUUGGAUUAGCUAACACAAUGUGUCAUUGGAACACAGGAGUGAUGAUUGCUAAUAAUGGGCCUCUGUACGCCUAUGUAGAUAUUCCAUUAAAAAUAAAUCUGCCGUUUCCUGCUACAAUAGUCAUUUACAACAUUAACAAUGUCGACACUGUAUUUCUGAUCAAUUUGAUGUUAUUUUAAUGGACAAAAAAAUGUGCUUUUCUUUAAAAAACAAGGACAUUUCUAAGUGACCCCAAACUUUUGAACAGUACUAUAAGUUUAAAAAGUAUGUUACAUAUCGAGAUUUUAGGACUCUAUCUUCAAGAAGAUGAUUCUGAGAUUGGCUUUACAUUUCUGAACCCUCAUUGUUUUGAAUGGUGUCAGUGUAACGGAUGUGAAACGGCUAGCUAGUUAGCGGUGGUGCGCGCUAAAUAGCGUUUCAACGGUGACGUCACUUGCUCUGAGAUCUUGAAGUAGUGGUUCCCCUUGUUCUGCAAGGGCCGUGGCUUUUGUGGAGCGAUGGGUAACGAUGCUUUGUGGGUGACUGUUGUUGAUGUGUGCAGAGGGUCCCUGGUUCGCGCCCUGGUAUGGGCGAGGGACGGUUUAAAGUUAUACUGUUACAUCAGCCAUUUUGAUCUUGUAUUCUUUUUAACUAAACAACAUGAAUUGGGUUAUUUAGAGUACUAUAUAUGUAGAGAACAUUGAACAGAACAAGGCUACAUCAAUAACACAAUUUUGAAAAAAAUUCAGAUAGAACCUUAUAGUCCCAAGCUCACAAUUUUGUGUUUGUACCGGGGCAAAUCUGGUGUUUUUAGAUAUAAUGCAAACUAUAUUAGAUCAAAUCCAGACAGGAACUUUUAUUCAGGACAGGUGACCCAAAUUACACGUUCGAUAACAUUGACAGAGGUGGGGGUGUGAGCGGAUCUGGGCAGAUGAGCUGUAGUUGUUUUUUUGUGUGUGUCUGUAAAUUGUUGUUCAUAUGUGUAUGUUUGUAUUUAGUGUGGGGGAAAAACACAAAACAUACAGUGCCCUCACAGUAUUCACACCCCUUGACUUUAUCCACAUUUUGUGGAAGCAUGAAUUUAAAAUGGAUUACAUUGACAUGUUUUGUCACUGGCCUAGGCACAAUACCCCAUAAUGUUAUGUUUUUUUAAAUGUUACAAAAAAAAACAAGUCACAUAAUAUGUUACAUGGACUCACUCUGUGUGCAAUAAUACUGUUUAACAUGUUUUAUUCAUGACUGCCUCAUCUCUGUACCCCACACAUGCAGUUAUCUGUAAGUUCCCUCAAUCGAGCAGUGAAUUUCAAACACAGAUUCAACCAAAUAAAGACUGGGGAGGUUUUCCAAUGCCUCGCAAAGGGCACCUAUUUUACCCAUCUAUUGGUAGAUAGGUAAAAAUAUUUUAAAAAGCUGACGUUAAAUAUCCCUUUGAGCAUGAUGAAGUUAUUAAUUAUACUUUUGAUGGUCUAUCAAUUCACCCAGUCAUUACAAAGAUACAGGCAUCCUUCCUAACUCAGUUGCCAGAGAAGAAGGAAGCCGCUCAGGGAUUUCACCAUGUGGCCAAUGGUGACUUUGAAACAGUCAAAGAGUUUAAUGGCUGUGAUAGAAAAGUGAGGAUGGAUCAACACCAUUUUUGUAGUUACUCAACAAUACCUACCUAAUUGACUGAGGAAGCCUGUACAGAAUACAAAUAUUCCAAAACAUUCAUCUUGUUUGCACUAAAGUAAUACUACAAAAAAUGUGGAAAAGAAAUACACUUUUUGUCCUGAAUACAAAGUGUCAUGUUUGUGGCAAAUACAACACAUUACUGAGUACCACUCUCCAUAUUUUCAGUCAUAGUGGUGCCUGCAUCAUGUUAAAGGUAUACUUGUAAUCGUCAAGGACUGGGGAGAUUUUCUAGACAAAAAAGAAAUGGAAUGGAGCUAUAAAAUUUUUAAAAACUGGUUCAGUGUGCUUUCCACCAGACACUGGGAGAUUAAUUCACCUUUCAGCAGGACAAUAACCUGGAACACAAAGCCAGAUCUACACUGGAAUUGCUUACCAAGAAGACCGUGAAUGUUCCUGAGUGGCCGAGUUACAGCUUUGACUUCAAUUUGCUUGAAAAUCUAUGGCAAGACCUGAAAAUGGUUUUCUAGCAAUGAUCAACAACCAAUUUCACAUAGUUUGAAGAAUUUUGAUUAGAAUAAUGGGCAAAUGUUGCACAAUCCAGGUGUGGAAAGCUCUUAGAGACUUACCCAGAAACACACACAGAUGUAAUCACUGCCAAAGGUGAUUUGUAACGUUUUGACUCUAGGUUGAAUACUUGUAUACAGUGCACUCAGAAAGUAUUCUGACACAUUUACUUUUUCCACAUUAUGUUACAUUAAAGCCUUAUUCUAAAAUUAAUGAAAUCAUUUUUUUCCCCUCAUCAAUUUACACACUGUCGUAACGUGACUAUCAUUAAAUGUGAAGACUAUUAUUAUCAAGUAAAUUAUCUAUAUGUAUUUAUUCAUUACGCGAUUAAACUAAUCAUGUUAACUUUAACUAGGAAGUCGGGGCAUCACGGGAAAAUGUUUAAAUAGGCUCUAUUUCCCGAAUUAACUCUACACCUAAAUCAACCAUUUAUUGGAUCAUCAAGAACUUAAAGGAGAGCAGUUCAAUUGUUGUGAAGAAGGGCUGUCUCCUAAAGUUGAUUCAGCUGCGGGAUCGGGGCACCAGCAGUACAGAGCUUGCUCAGGAAUGGCAGCAGGCAGGUGUGAGUGCAUCUGCAUGCACAGUGAGGCGAAGACUUUUGGAGGAUGGCCUGGUGUCAAGAAGUGAUAACUAAGUGGCUCGGGGAACAAAACAUCGAUAUUUUGGGUCCAUGGCCAGGAAACUCCCCAGACCUUAAUCCCAUUGAGAACUUGUGGUCAAUCCUCAAGAGGCGGGUGGACAAACAAAACCCCACAAAUUCUGACAAACUCCAAGCAUUGAUUAUGCAAGAAUGGGCUGCCAUCGGUCAGGAUGUGGCCCAGAAGUGAAUUGACAGCAUGCCAGGGCGGAUUACAGAGGUCUUGAAAAAGAAGGGUCAACACUGCAAAUAUUGACUCUUUGCAUCAACUUCAUGUAAUUGUCAAUAAAAGCCUUUGACACGUAUGAAACGUGUGUAAUUAUACUUCAGUAUUCCAUAGUAACAUCUGACAAAAAUAUCUAAAGACACUGAGGCAGCAGAUUUUAAAAUUUAUAUUUGUGUCAUUCUCAACUUUUGGCCCUGACUGUACAAUCAUGGAAAUGCUCAUAUUUUGAACAUGAACAACCGUUCAUUUGAAAAAAAUUAGCAAUUUACAUAUUUACGAGUGUAUGCCUUUGUUGCCCUCUGUGAUCGCCAGUGCGUAUGCUGGAUAGUCAGUUGACAGAAAGUCUCUGGUUUGUACACCAGAGAUCAGUCUUUUGUAGUUGAAGCUUGUUUUAAUGGAUACGUCAGAGUACCAUUGGGGAAACGUUCUUGAGAAUAGAUCUUUCAGAGUACCAUUGUUCUUAGAUCGGAUGCGUUUACCGGACUAAAGUGUUUAAACAGCUGCAGACUGAAUAAUUGGUCUUUUAGUUUGUAGAUUUCUUAACCAUUUCAGAUUGGGGAUGAUCUCCACAUUCUCUGGUCUUGUCCUUUGGUAGAGUUGUAGUUUAAACAAUUUUGCAACAUCCGGCUCACGCCUUAGUCUUCUUGGUCUAAAGAGUGGUAGCCAUUCCAACAUGCGGAGCUCGUUCCUGCGUUCUUUUGUCAAAAUGUAGUGACAGCUCCAUGCUUUCUGGUCCAAUGUACAUUUUGUCACGAGUCCUUUUAUGGAAAUGGGCGUUCCAUGACGUUUGGGUAUAAUGUCUGUGCUCACAGGGACAUGGCCACUGACUGAUCAUAAGUUACUAUGAAAAACAAUUCUCAUUUAGAAGAAUAAGAUCACAUUGUUAUCUUUCCAAUAGUAUUCUUAUUCUUAAUCAUUUAUUUUAUACAACAUUCAGAUGCAAACCUCAUAAUUGAGAAGUGUAUACAAACAAAGAUACAGUGAUGUGUAUGUUCUGUCCUUCAUGAGGUCACUAAAUGAAAUAAACUCGACAUGACUGUUCCCUUAGUGUCCAUGGACCGGUUGCACAUUCUCCAAAAUAUAAAUAUUUUUUAAUUCUCCAAUUUUGGGGAUGUAAGCGUUUUGGCAUGUCUCUCUUUGUCCCAAAGUCACACAUUCCAAUCCCAAUACUGCAGAGCCCAGAGGCGCAGAGUAUUUUAUGACCGCCAUAACGUGGCCCCCGCCACCUCUCCCCUCUGCGGGAGCGAGAGGACGCUGUAGAGCAGACCCACUGAAACCUGGUCCUUCAGAUCUUCACAGGAGAGUUAUGACAACCAAAAAUGACAAGGCAAAAACAGUUUCUUUAGACAUUCAAAAAAAUUGAUAUAACAAUUACACAAGUAUUCAGACCCUUUGCUCAGUACUUCGUUGAAGCUCCUUUGGCAGCGAAUACAGCCUCGAGUCUUCUUGGAUAUGACGCUACAAGCUUGGCACAUGGGAGUUUCUCCCAUUCUUCUCUGCAGAUCCUCUCAAGCUCUGUCAGGUUGGGUGGGGAGCGUUGCUGCACAGCUGUUUUCAGGUCUCCCCAUAGAUGUUCGAUCCGGUUCAUGUCCGGGCUCUGGAUAGGCCACUCAAGGACAUUUAGAGACUAGUCCCUAAGCCUCCUCUGUGUUGUCUUGGCUGUGUGCUUAGGGUCGUUGUCCUGUUGGAAGGUGAACCUUCGCCCCAGUCUGAGGUCCUGAGUGCUCUGGAGAAGGCUUUCAUUAAGGAUCUCUCUGUACUUUGCUCCCUUCAUCUUUCCCUCGAUCCUGACUAGUCUCCCAAAAACAUCUCUAAAGCAUGAUGCUGCCAGGUUUCCUCCUGACGUGAUGCUUGGUAUUCAGGCCAAAAAGUUCAAUCUUGGUUUCAUCAGACAGAUGUGGAAAAAGUCGAGGGUUCUGAAUACUUCCGUGUUUUAUUUUUCAUAUGUUUUUACAAAUGUUAGAAUUUGUCUUCUACUUGACAUUUCAGAGUAUUGUGUGUAGAUUGUUGAUUAUAUAUAUAUUUUUCACAAUUAAAUAAUUUUACCCCACUUUGUAACAAAACAAAAUGUAGAAAAAGUCAAGGGGUGUGAAUACUUCCUGAUGGAACGAACUGUGUAUGUAUAUAAAAUGAUUGCAGUUUAUCAAGUUCAUGCAGAUUUUUAGUGUAGAUUUCAUAUGGUGUAUUUAACUUUUUAAAAUGUUUAAUAAACACAUAAUGGGA